AUGUAACCAACAGAAGUAUAUCUGUUUUUAUUAAGUUAGGAAACCUAAUUGAUGAGCUCCUCUUCUAGAAUGAAAACAGAUAAAUUUAUCAGCACAUAAGCUGUCGCAAUGAGAUCAAUUCAAAAAGCAAUAAAAAAACAAGAUUUGUCUUUUAUACUUGGUUCCUUUAAUAAUUAUUAAGGAGCAUCCCAACAAUAAAAUGAAAGUUUAUAACUGUUUUAAAUGGAGGAAAAAGAAGUCCAUUUAAAAUUGGGAGAACUCAGAAAAGAGUUUGAUACUUAUCACACAUCAUCUCUGUACAAAGAGAAGGAGAUUUCUUAAUUCAAGGAUCAACUCCUAAAGUUAAAUUUGGAAGAAUCAGAGUUAAUAAACAAUACGACAGAAUUAACAAAGGAAUUGGAAUGUUCAAAGUCGGAAUAUGUGUAGGCUAAACAAAGAUUCGAGGAAAGUCAAAUGAGUGAAAAAUCUUAUGUACAUGUUGUAAAUAGACUGAAACACGAUGUAUUAUGUUUUCGAAAGAAAUUAAAUGAAAUGGGAGAUGUUUUUGAAAAGAAACAAGCAGAAGCUUAUCAGGCAGAUGCAAAAUAAUGGGAAUCAAUUCAAUUAAAUCAAAUGACUAGAAAAUUGUGUGAUGAAAUGAUGAAUAAUAUUGAAAUCGAGAAGAAUAACAGACAAAGACAAAUAGCAUAAUACAAUAAGCAAAUCAAGGCAUAAUUAAUCGCAAAAGAGAAACGAGAUGAAAGGAUGAUAAAAUAGAGGGAAAUAGCUGAACAUGCCAGCAAUGAUAAGGAUGCAAGUGAAAAAAAGUGGAGAAAACUUUUGUUAGUACAUAAAGUAGUUCAUUCAUUGUUGAAAAAUAAAAUGGAGAAGGAAAUGGAGAAGUUUACAGUAGUAGAAACAGCAUUCUAAGAAAUCAAGACAGCAACUGGAAUUUCAGAAGCUUAAGAAAUAGUUCAAAAGUUUUUAACAAAAGAAGCUACAUAUGGUUAACUUUUAGGUACCAUUGCUGAAAAUGAAAGGAAAAUUGAACAUUUGAAGAGGAUGAAAGAUAAUCUAAGAAAAAGACUCUAAGAAUUAAAGGAUGAUAUCUAAAUAAUGGAAAUGAAUGCUAAACCAUCAAAGAAGGGAAUAGAUUCAGAAAUAUAUAAAUAAUUUUAUAUUAUAGACGAUAGAGCAAAGAAAGCAGAAAUAAUGAAAUAAAAAUUAUAUACUUGGAGUAUCAAAAUGCUAGGCAAAAUUGAGAAAGCGUCGAUGUAAUUUUUAGAUGAAAGAACUAACUAUUAUAAUGUUUAUCCGAGAGGCAAAGAUGUUGAAUUGUUUGAACAACUUUAAAAGUUAAUAUUUGAAGAUAUAGAGCAAGCUAGACCUGAAGAAAUAUUGCAAAUAAUUGGGGAAGUUAAUAGAUCUAAUAUUAGAAAUGAUACCUUAAAUGAAGAAUAUCUCAAAAAAAAUGUUAGAAUUAAAUAUAAAAAAUUGACUUAAAGAGAAGCCAUUAAAAGAACUAAAUCUAUGGACUCUAAAGCUGAUUUAAGCAAUAGAAGUCUUAGUUAAUUUGGACAAUCUAGCGAUUCAAGUGCAGAACCAUCAUUUUAUGAGUCAGAGUCAGAAGGGAAUACUGUAGACGAAAAUAGUGAAAAGAACCAUUUCAACUAUCUAAGGGAUGAAGCAAAAUAGGUUAAAAAACAAAAGAAGAAGGAUGAUGGCUCAGAAGGGAAGAAAUGA